AUGUCUAGCCUUGACCGACCGAAGAUUGAGCUCAAGCCGGCUGCUGGUAACAAACCAGCCGUCGUGAUGCAAUGCAAGGACGAAGAGCAGUGCUUUGACACGACUGGCAAGGCAAUUUUGAAGGAUACAGAGAAUGCAGUUCAGAAGGAGCAUGAGAUGAGCCUUCGAGAUGCGAUCCGCAAAUACCCUCAAGCUAUCUUUUGGUCUUCAUGGUUCUCAGCAGCUGUCAUUAUGGAAGGCUUUGACCACUCAUUCAUCUCGGGAUUCAUUUCAUUCCCCGCAUUUCAAAAGCGCUAUGGGGUUGAAGUGUCGCCCGGCGAAUUUGAAAUCCCCGCAGAGAUGCAAUCUGGCAUCUCCAAUGGUACUCAAGCAGGUGAGAUCAUCGGAUUGCUUAUUUGUGGUCUGCUUGUCGACCGGUUUGGCUCGCGAUGGAUCAUGAUAGCCUGCCUCUUUUUGUUGAUCUGCUUUGUCUUCUUGCAGUUCUUCGCCGCAAAUAUCAACAUGUAUCUUGGUGCCGAGAUUCUUCUGGGCGUACCGUGGGGCGCAUUCCAGUCACUCACAAAUGCUUACGCCGUGGAGGUUUGCCCUGGCACUCUCAGAUCAUACCUUACAAUGCUUGUAUCUAUGUUCUGGAGUAUCGGCUACUUAAUCGGCACUGGUGUGUUGCGAGGCUUCCUUGGCAUGACAACCUCCGCUGCUUAUAAAAUCCCGUUUGCACUGCAGUGGGUUUUUCCUGUUCCCCUGAUCAUCGGGAUUUAUUUCGCUCCCGAGUCUCCUUGGUGGUAUAUUCGAAAGGGGCGUCGCGACGAUGCCGAAAAGUCACUACGAAGGCUUCGAUCGAAAAAAUAUAUUGACGACGGUGAAAUUUCCGAGACCCUCGCCAUGAUGGAAUAUACAUAUCAAAUCGAAGCCGAGAUGAAGCAAUCUAGCACAUACUGGGAUCUCUUCAAAGGCGUUGACCUUCGGCGCACAGAAAUUUGCAUCUGGACAUAUUCUGCCCAGGUUUGGUGUGCAGCACUUGUGGCAUAUAUUGUUUAUUUCUUGGAGGAAGCAGGACUUCCUGAUAGCGCAUCUUUCGAUUUCGGAAUGGGAGAGUAUGCACUAGCCAUUGUAGGUGUCUUUGUUGCAUUCUAUUUUGUUCCUCGGGUUGGGCGACGCAGACUUCUUCUGUCUGGUAUCCUCUUUAUGGUGGUGACAACGUUUGUGAUCGGAUUUCUUGGGAUACCUGGCACCACCAAUCAUCCUGCACUGGCCUAUGCAAUUGGAAGUAUCCUCCUAGUUGAAUAUUUCGUUUACUUCAUCUCUAUCGGCCCUGUCGUCUAUACGAUAGUAGCAGAGAUUCCAUCCAACACCCUCCGAUCCAAGACCAUCGUGGUCGCUCGAGCCACAUACAACACAAUCGCACUGAUAAAGGGCCAGAUCUUACCUCGCAUGAUUUCAACUGCUUCCUGGAACUGGGGCGCUAAAAUGGCUUUUUUCUGGGGGGCUUUCAUGCUGAUGAUCCUGAUAUGGGUGUACUAUCGCCUGCCCGAGACGAAAGAUAGAGCCUUUGUGGAGAUUGAUAUCUUGUUCAAGAACAAAGUGUCCGCCCGGGAUUUCAAGAAAGCUCAGGUAAACCUCACGAGCGAGAGUGUUGAAAAACCUUGA